GGGAGGGGGCCAAGACGGGAGGCCGAUAGGUGGGAAAGAUGAUGCUGUGGAAGGGAGGAAGGGUGAAAAUUUACCAGGAGACGCCACGCCUAACGCCACUAGCAGUGAGAUGAGCGAUCAUUUCACGACACCCGUUCAGCUGAUACAGCAGUACAUGGUUGUCACUUGCAAGCUUCGCCUGCCUGCCCUCAUAUCCUUCUUGCGUGUGCAUGCCAAAUCCCAUAAAACUGUCAUUUUCUGCUCGACCUGUGACUCUGUCGACUUCCACUACGCCCUUUUCGAGACCAGGCUAGAGGGAAACGAAAGAGGGGCGGAUAAAAGCGGCAAAUCCUCACAUACGCUGUCGUCGGAGGACGCGGCGGAACAGCCAUUGCUGGGCUCGGAUAUGCCCGUCUACAGGUUGCACGGCAAUAUUCCCCAAGCUGCGCGCUUGCUCGCAUUCAAAACCUUCCGACAGGCACCCCGCGGAGUCCUGUUCUGUACUGACGUGGCGGCUCGAGGUUUGGACUUACCUGCGGUCGAUUGGAUCGUGCAGUACGAUCCUCCCACAGAGACAGCGGAGUACGUGCACCGGGUGGGCCGGACGGCGCGGCGAGGUCGUCAAGGACAUUCGAUUCUCUUCCUCUUACCUUCUGAGCAGGGUUACUUAAACGUACUUAAAAAUCGCGGAAUCACUCUCACGCCCUUGUCAUUGCAGCAGACGCUGUUUGAGGCCACGCCCGCGCGUUUUAAGGGACGCUUUCGGGCGCCUGAGGAGGUCUUCUGCCUGGAUAUCCAGCAGCAAUUGGAGAGAGCUGUCGCCACGGCGAAGGAGGAGAGAGGUAUGAAUGAGAGGAAAGGAAAUGCUUCCUCGCCUUUGCUCGCGCUCGGACGCAAGGCGUUCGGCUCUUUUGUUCGGGCCUACGCCACUCACCCGGCUGACUUGAAGCCAAUCUUUGCGGUUCGUGCUCUACAUCUUGGCCAUGUUGCUAAAAGUUUUGCACUAAAGGAGCCUCCUACCGCAUUGAAAGUGGGCAAGGAAGUGAUGAAAAUUUCCAGCCAAAGGCAAAGCGUAAGUGAGCAUGACCAAAAUGGGAAGAGUAAGCAUGGUGGUGACGACUUGCGAGACACUGACAGCGAGACAGUCAGAAAGAUGGCGACCAAAAAUACGCAAAAAGCUUUUCAGUCACCUCGUAAGCGAUCAACAGGUAGCAAGCGCAGGAGUCGCACAGCCUUCAGCUCUGUUAGUGAGUUUAGUGCGGGAUAAUAUCUCUAUAGUGAAACGCCGAAGUCAGACGGCUCUGUUGCUACACAGUUAGCACCAUUUUCCAAGCCGAAAACAUAAAUGGGAAUCAAUACACAGAGUGUAAGUAAUGACAUCAAAGUACAGUAGAAGAAGUUCGAUCUCACUUUUUUAGACAACACGUCAAUGUUGUCACCUUGCAGCCGGG